AAUUGGGAAUGAUACUUGAAACUCUUUCUGAGCUCCGCAUCGAACUAGUUCAAACACACGCAUAGAGCGCACAGGCUUGGCUGUCUUGCCCAUGGAGCCUGAGUCCGGAAUUCCGGUUCCUCGAAGCCCUUCCCCUCUUUCAUGGGUGAAUAUCUCCAAGAAUCUAAUAUUAGCUUAUCAAAGCUUUGGUGUAGUAUACGGGGAUCUGAGCACUUCACCUCUCUAUGUUUAUACAAGCACACUGCAAAAACAUAAAAAUGAGGCAGCAAUAUUUGGUGCCUUUUCCUUAAUUUUCUGGACACUGACAUUGAUACCCUUGCUCAAGUACGUCCUUCUUGUAUUGAGUGCAGAUGAUAACGGUGAAGGUGGGACAUUUGCACUUUACUCACUGCUUUGCCGGCAUGCAAAGUUUAGCUUACUUCCCAAUCAACAAGCAGCUGAUGAGGAACUCUCAGCCUAUAAAUAUGGCCCAUCAUCACAGGUUGUAGCCUCUUCCCCACUGAAGAGAUUUUUGGAGAAGCAUAAAAGGCUGCGAACUGCCCUACUUCUUGUAGUAUUGUUAGGUGCUUGCAUGGUCAUAGGUGAUGGGGUGCUUACUCCUGCAAUAUCAGUUCUAUCAUCGGUAUCAGGACUACAAGUCACUGAAUCAAAGUUAACUAAUGGUGAACUCCUCUUGAUUGCUUGUGUAAUAUUGGUCGGUCUGUUUGCUCUGCAGCAUUGUGGUACCCACAGGGUAGCAUUUAUGUUUGCACCAAUUGUGACCGUCUGGUUGUUAUCGAUUUUUUCCAUUGGGCUGUACAACACAAUACGUUGGAAUCCAAAGAUCGUGUAUGCAUUUUCCCCACAUUAUAUUAUCAAAUUCUUUAGUCAAACUGGUAAAGAUGGUUGGAUUUCUCUUGGCGGGAUUCUUCUUUCUAUAACUGGUACUGAAGCUAUGUUUGCAGAUCUUGGUCAUUUCACUGCCUUGUCAAUAAGGCUUGCAUUUGCAUUUGUUGUGUACCCUUGUUUGGUAGUCCAAUACAUGGGUCAAGCUGCUUUCCUAUCUAGAAAUCCGAAUUCCAUUCCUAAAAGUUUCUAUGACUCAAUACCUGAUCCUGUAUUUUGGCCUGUCUUUGUUAUUGCUACCCUUGCAGCAAUUGUUGGGAGUCAGGCUGUUAUUACUGCUACUUUCUCCAUCAUCAAACAAUGCCAUGCCCUGGGUUGCUUUCCGCGAGUCAAAGUUGUGCACACCUCAAAACAUAUAUAUGGGCAAAUCUACAUCCCGGAAAUAAACUGGAUACUCAUGAUCCUUACUCUUGCCAUAACUAUUGGAUUUCGAGACACAACUAUGAUUGGAAAUGCUUAUGGGCUUGCUUGCAUGACAGUGAUGUUCAUCACAACAUUUCUUAUGGCACUUGUCAUAAUCUUCGUUUGGCAGAAAAGUGUCUUUCUGGCUGCGGCAUUCUUUUUCUUCUUCUGGUUUAUUGAGGGCGUAUACUUGUCAGCAGCUUUUAUAAAAGUGCCUCAGGGAGGAUGGGUCCCCCUAGUGCUUUCUUUCAUCUUCAUGGUCGUUAUGUAUGUCUGGCAUUAUGGGACUCGCAAGAAGUACACUUUUGAUCUGCACAACAAAGUUUCGUUAAAAUGGUUACUUGGCCUGGGCCCCAGCCUUGGUAUUGUCCGUGUGCCUGGGAUAGGCCUCAUAUACUCAGAACUGGCGACAGGAGUCCCUGCAAUAUUUUCCCACUUUGUAACAAACCUCCCUGCCUUUCAUAAGGUGUUAGUUUUUGUUUGUGUAAAAUCAGUUCCAGUCCCUUAUGUCUCACCUGAAGAACGUUUCCUCAUAGGCCGGAUUUGCCCAAGACCGUAUCGUAUGUAUAGGUGUAUAGUGAGGUAUGGGUAUAAGGACAUUCAGCGGGAUGAAGACUUUGAGAACCAGCUCAUACAAAGCAUUGCAGAGUUCAUCCUGAUGGAAGCAGUAGAACCACAGUUCUCAACCUCCGAAAGUUCUUCAUUUGACGGGCGGAUGGCUGUUAUAAGUACCAGAACUCUGGAAUCAACCUCAAGCCUAAUAAUAUCUGAGCACGAGGAUGUUGGCGUGAGCAACUCUAUUCAAAGUAGCAAGUCUUUAACCCUCCAGAGUUUGCGAUCUGUAUAUGAUGACGAGAACCCGCAACUCAGGAGGCGCCAUGUGAGGUUUCAGUUGCCUCCAAGCCCUGGGAUGGAUCCUGCAGUUAGGGAAGAACUGACGGAUUUGAUUCAGGCAAAGGAAGCAGGGGUUGCAUAUAUCCUGGGGCACUCAUAUGUGAAGGCAAGGAGAUCUUCCUCGUUCUUGAAAAAGAUUGUGAUUGAUAUUGGGUACUCAUUUCUGCGGAAGAAUUGCAGGGGUCCCGCUGUGGCGCUUAACAUUCCCCACAUUAGUCUCAUUGAAGUUGGCAUGAUAUACUAUGUCUAGUCCUUUGAAGCAAUUUAUUGUUGUUGAUCUUGGUGGUUAUCUUUCCUAUGGUUGAAUAGGGAGGUAGCUAUUGCCUUGGUCGGGGGAGAAGAAAUGUAUGCUUGAUGCAAAGCAUAGGAUCUCUGGUAUUUCAUUACAAACCUUUCUUGCUUCUGUUGCGCUCCUUUCAACCUGUAUAGAUGACAUCAACAGUCGAUAUGAGUUUUACAUUAACGAGUUAAUUUGCCUUUGGGCCGAA